AUGGACCAGCACAUACCCAAACGACAGCUCCUCCCACUCCCCGCGCCCUUCGACCGGCCGUCAUUCCACCCAGUCGCCGUCUUCCAGGUGGUCACCGCCGAUGUCCACAGGGAGAAUGUUGUUCCAAGAGCGGAUACUGUGGCUCAGGUCCAGCUUUCUGCGGUGGUGGCUGUCAGUCUUCUUGGGGGAGCGUCAGAUGAAGGGAAGCGAGCGAAGAGAAACGAGUUGGGCUCCGAUGCCUUCGACGUCUUCACAAGCCUGGAGUAUAUCACCGAAGGAAAUAAGCAGAACUACUACGACAACCACUACCAAACACAGUCACACUUCGUCAACCACGAGAGUGAGCUCAAAGAGUACUACGACAGCCACAGUCUACAUCUCGAUGUGUUUCCCGUCCAUAGUUCCUUCACACUCAUACAGCACCCCAUAUACCCAUACGACGCUCGCAAACGCUACAACCCCGUGCUCGGAGUCCACAGCCAAGCCUCCUACUUCUUCUUCAAGCAAGCCGACCCACCAUCAUUCGUCAAACCCGACGAUCAGCACCUCUACAUUGACAUCGAAUGCGACGACUUUGACGCCUUCAAUCAUAACUACGACAACCACUGUGACCCAGUCAGUCAUCACAACAAGCAUAACGACCUGGCCAAUCACUCCGACAAUCACUACGACUCAGCCAGUCACUACAACAACCACUGCGACUCAGCCAGUCACUACAACAACCACUACGACCCAGCCCUUCACCACAACAGCCACGACAACCGCAACAAUCAUAUCUACUCCUCCAACGUCUUCAAAACCUACUACAUCCUCGACAACAUUUCUACUUCCUUCAACGCCCACUACAACUACAACCACGACCGAGAAGACGACUACUACCUUCAUCCCAACUACAUCCAGCGUAGUCACCAUUCCGAGUUCCACGGUACCACCAGUUAUUUCACCAACUUCCUUGAAGACGUCCACAUCGAGCAAUCCCGUUAUCAGCAUAUCAACAUCAAGCAUAUCCACUUCAAGCAUAUUCACGCCUACCACGUCCGUCUCAAUCGAACCCUCGUCGAGCGAACCCACAACCACGUCAACAAUUACCAUAUCGAGCCCAUCGAGCACACCGAGCACAGUCAAAUCAAGCACUACUACAGCGACAUUGACUUCAUCAAGCUCUACUCCUAUUUCAACUACCUCCUUUCCAGUUUCUACAUCGUCAACUACAAACUCACCGUCAUCUUCCCUAAAUCCACCCUCAUCUUCGACCGAAAAUUCUCCAACCCCGUACAUCCCGAGCAUCUCCUCAACAAACACAAUCUUCAUAAGCCCGAAGCCUACCAAUACUAUCCCAACAGCCUCCAUAAGUACUUCGAUUCCGACAAGUACCGCCUCAACGACCUUGACCACCUCUUCUACCAUCUGGCCCCCCACCACCCAUACAAUCCCCAAACCGCCGUCUUCGUCAUCUACAACCUUUACGCCUGCCAUGACACAAGCCACAACUAUUUCUACCAGAACCCCUCCCACCAUCCCUAUCACAAUCCCUACCACAGAGCCACCACCACCAACAACAAUGCUCUCUACGAGCUUUUUUCCUCCAACAGAAGUUUCCACAUCUCGCCCUUCAACAAGCGUACUAUCAACAACGACCCGUCCAACAACAACACCUACGACAUCGAGUCCGGCAUCAUCAACAUUACCAACGAUACCAACGAUACCAACCUCACUUCUUCCUACACCGUCUCCAAGCAGCUCUUCUUUAAGAAACCCACCCACUUCGCACCUCCAACGGGGUUCACACCGCCCGUCCCCCCGUUUCCAUCACAUGGCUCCAGCAGCUACGUUUCUCCAUCACAGAUUCAUCCAAGCACCCCCAAGGAGACUGUUUCAAGCGGAACUGUGCCACCGACCAUUUCGAAGCCAGCCUCAUCGCUCGAUACCAGUACAGCUUCCAGCGGCCACUCUGUCCCAUCUGUCACUGUAACAUCAUCCACGUGGAUUACGUCUUUCACAUCUGCCCUCCCAUCAUCGAGCACCUGCAACCCGGGGAGAUGCAAACUGAAAGCAGCAACAUUCGAAUUCUCGCUAUGGGAAGGGGAGUCCGACUGGACACUGCCACUCUCGACCGGCACCCCAGUAACCACAGUAUCAGGCUUCGUAAACAUAUGGCCAAGCAUCUACCUCGGCCUGAAAGGCCUCUCGCGCGAAAUCCCCUGCGGCACCACCACCCGCACCAUCAACGAAGCCGACACGCGCGUCGCCUUCGACCCCACCGAAAUCAGCACCAUCACCUGGACCAGCACCGUCAUCAACGCCACCACCACCCUCGCCGACCGCACCCAGGGCGACUGGACCAUCCUCUGGAACCACACCGCCGUCCCCAUGACCUGGUCCGACCUGGCAUCCUGCACGGGCGCCGCCGCCGCCGCCGCCGCCGCGUACUCUUUCCCCGCGGAUCCGACGUCUUCGCUCGUCGUGCCGUCGUACCCGUCCGCCGCGCUGACGGCGACGCCGUACCCGCACGACCCGUGCCGGCCGCUGCUCGCGAUGCCGACGCGCGUGAGCGCGCUGCGGCCGGAGUGGACGACGUGUUUUCCCGACGCGGAGGACGGCGCGUUCGACCCGCCGUGGACGCUGGAGCGGGAUGGUGGGCUGAAUGUCCCGACGGUGAAGGCGACCAAGACGAGCGUGGCGGUGCAGAGUGUCGUCGCGACGGGGCUGUCGUCGUCGUCGUCGCGGGAGGAUGGAGCGACAACCGUCGUUGAGACGACUGAGGGGGGGAGUCGGACGGAGCGGGGUGGGACGAGUGGGGUGGCGAGGACGACGACGACGGCGGAUACGGCGGCGGCGAGUGGGAAGGAGUCGACGCGUGGGGAGGGGUCGAGUGGGUCUGAGACGAGGUCGGCGAAGACUGGUAGUGCGGUGAAGACGUCGACGGUCAAGACGUCGACCAAGACGUCGACCAAGACGUCGACCAAGACGACGGGUAAGAGCAGCUCGCGCUCCGCGUCGAGGACUUUGAGUACCGCUGCGGCGACAACUGCUGCUGGGUCCGCUACACGACCGGAGGGGUGGAGGGCCGGUGCCAUGUUGGGGGGUGUGGGAAUGGCGGCGGUGCUGCUGCUGUGA